AUGAUAGACUUUUGCUUGAUACGUGCUUUAAAAUGUUUAGGGGGUGGAAAUGGGGGAGAUUUGAAGAAUGUGUUGAAGGAAUUUUAUUUAAAGAAUGCUCAAAUAAGUUCUAAGAUAAUAAAAUUAAAAAGGUGUAAGAAAUAUGAUGAAGCUUUAGUAAAUAUUAGUUUAAACAAAUUCGAUUUAAUUGACGAAUGUUUCUUUGUUUUGUCAAAUAUUAUUUAUUCUAUAUUGUUUGGUGUUUUAAAAAUUGAGAAUCUAAAUAAGUUAGAUCAGUACCAACUGAUUUAUGCCUGGUUUGAACCAUUUCAUGAAAAACAAAAUAAAAAAAAACAUAAAAUAGGUAAGUAUUAUAUUCCUAAUUUUGAAAGAGAAUUAAAUUAUCGUACAAGUAAAGGAUAUAAUUAUGAAGACAACCAAUUAUUUAAUGGACUAUAUUAUAGUGAAUGGAUAAUAAUAUCCCUUAGUAAAAUUUUUAAGGAAUUAAAUGAGCAAAGAAAUAAUAAUAGUGACAAUUUUAGUAGUAAUAAAAAUAGUAUUUGUGUUGAAAAUUGGGGAACUGUUUUUGAUUUGAUGAAAUAUGUAUAUGUUAAUAAAAAUAUAUUAGGAGUAUAUUUACAAGAGAAAAGGUCUUUAUAUUUUAUGAACAAUUUUGAUGAUAAAGCUCAGAAAGAUAAAAUAAAUUGCGAUGAAAGUAAUUUCGAUAAAACAAUAAUACAAUAUUAUGAAAACGCUAAUAAAAUAAUCAAGGAAUAUUUUUCAUUUCCUUUUAUUUUAUUUUCUUGUAUAACAAAAGGAUUAGGAGAAAAUAAUGUAGAAAGGAAGCUUCAAAUUUAUAAUCAUAUUAUACCCAAAAAAUUAAGUGAAGAUGGAUUUUAUAAAAAUGCUAUAAAAACUUGUGCCUUAUCAUGGAUAUAUAACAAAAGAAAAGAUAAAAAAAAUUAUGAACAAAUUGUUCAUGCAACUUUAAAAAUUAUACGAUUAAAUUUGGCUGAUUAUUUUUGUCAUUUUUUUUUUGGAAUUCUUCUAAAGUAUAAGCCAAGGUCGAAAAUGAGAAGAAGCUUAAAUAGGGUUAGACAAAGUAAAAUUAAAAUGAGAAGAAAUAUAAUUGGAUGGAAAAUAAGUAGACAUAAAUUAGUAAAACUUAUAUUUAUGAACAAGCAAGAAAAAAAAAAAUCUAGCCAAAAUGUGAAACUACUAAAAAAAAAAAAAUACACACACCUUAUAUAUAUAAAUAAUAUAUUUGAAAACAUUUUUUAUCAUUUUCAUUUGUUUUGUAAUAAAGAAUAUGAGAGAAAAAAACUUUUAAUCAGUUUAUUGAAUAGUCUUAUUCCAUUUGUAAAAAUUGUAGAAGGUUGUAUAAAAAAGGACAAAAAAAGAAAAGAAAUAAUGCAAGAGAAAAAAAAAAUAUAUUUAUGUCUAUUUAAUAAAAAUGUUAAUAUUAUAUUAACAGCAAUAAUUAAUGUGAUAUUAUUAUAUGAUUUAAAUUAUUUUUUUAUUGAGAAUUUUUUUAAUAUUUUUUCUAAACAUUGUUUUCCAUUACCGUAUGCAAUAUGUAUAGUUGAUAUAAUUACAAAUUUUAUUAAUUAUAAUGUUUCUUCAAAAUUUUUAUUUCUUCUCAAAGAUUUUGAGAGAAAAAGGAAAUUAAUAAAUAUGACACCAGUUUUGAGUGAACAAAGUUUAAGAAAAAUAAAGGGGGAGACAAAACAGACUAUUGAAGAAGACAUACUACUACUUUCACAAAAUUAUGAAAACAAUGUAGAAAUAGUUUCAAUACUUUUUUUAAAACAAUUAUUAUUUUAUUUAUUAGAUCAAUUUUCUUAUGAUAUACAAGAUGAAGAGAAAAAAAUAUUUAUAUCUAUUGUGCUAAGCAAAAUAUUAUAUGUAUUUAGUUUAUAUAUUAAAAGGGCUAAUAAAAAAGGUAUAGAAAAUGGCUAUACUUUUGAUAAAAUAUCAAAAGAUUUUUAUAUGUAUAAAAUAAAUAUUUGUAAUUUAAAAAUAUUUGAAAGUGUUACUGAAAUUGUCCAAAAUAUGUUUAAAAGUAAUAAUGAAGUUUUACUAUAUUGUGGGCAAAUUGUGGCAAAUUAUUUUAAGAAUUAUGUAGAUAGCCAGUUUUCUAAAGAGACUUAUAAAAGUAGUGGAAAUAAAAAUGAAAAAAAAAAAAAAAGAGAAAAUGACCUUUUUAAUUUAAGACAAUCUAUACAAAAUAUGCCUGAACAGGUCAGAUGUUUUACAAUAAUUACGCAACAUAAAUUUUGUUAUUUAAAUGAAUUGUUGGUAAAAAAUGAAGAAGACCUAAAACUAGAUAUAAGCAAACCUUUUGAAAAUGAAAUGAGUGAUAAUGAAAAUAGAGAUAAUUUAGGAGAUGAAUUAAUUUCAGUUAAUGAACUAUGUGAGACAGAUAGAGGAAGUAUUAAUUUUGAAAAAAAAAAAGAAAUUAAUAUAAUGAUGAUGGAAAAUGCUGAUAAUUUUGUUGAAAAUGACCUGUACAGUUCAGAUGAAAAAUUAUUUAUACUAAAUUUUGAACAAGAAAAUGAGUUUUAUUUAGAUAUAGAAUAUAAUAAAAAUAUGUACAUUGAUCCAACAGAUGAUUUAUUCGAAUGCUUAGACAGAUUAAAAUGUAAGACAAAUUAUAUAGAAAGAAAUAGAAUAGGGAAAGAAGAAAAUAAUUAUGAAAUUUUAAAAAGAAAUGAUAAAAAAGAAAGCUAUGAUGAAGAACAGUUUCGUAUAAUACAAACAAUUUUAUCUUUACCUAAAUUAAUUAAUAAAAAUGAUGUAUUAGAAUAUAUAUGUAUAGAAUUAUAUAGUAUUCUUCUUUCUAUAAAUAAUAAUUAUUGUUGUUUAAAUAAAAGUAAAUAUUCAUUUGGUGGAGUUAAAUUAUUUGAUAUUAUAUUAUUAAAUAUUAAUUUUCCUAUAAAAAUAUGUAAAUUUAUUUUUGAAAAUAUUUAUUCAAAUAUAUAUAAUCAUGUUCAAAAGACUAUAAUGUUGUUGUCUUUACAAUUGUCCUCUUUAUUUUUAUCAAAUAUUAUUACACUAAAUCAUAUUUUUGAUUAUGCACAAAUUAUAUCACUGAACUUGGGUGGAGACCAAACCAAUGGAUAUGAAAAAGAUAGUCAGGAAGAUUAUUUUUUAAAUAUUUCAGAAAAGUUAGAUCAUAAUUUAUUUGAUGAAUGCUCUCAAGAAGCAAAUUUAACAACAAAAAAUGAAAAAAUAAAAGAGGAGAAAUAUAAUGAAAUAAAUAAAUAUAUGCAUAACAAUUUUGAGAAAAGUUUUAAAAAAAAUACAACAAUAUGCUCGAAUAGUUAUUCUAAUAAUUAUGAAAAAAAAGGAAAAUUUUUUUUUAAUUUAUGCAAUUUUUUCUUUACACAUGCAUAUACAAAACUUUUAAGUCAUAAUUCACCAAAAGAUAUUAUAAAUUAUAAUUAUGAAAUAAAAAAAAAUAAUUCAAAAAGCCCAUUAUUAACAGUAUUUAUAAUUUCUUCAUAUAAAUUAUUUUUUAAUUGUUCUUGUAAUAUCUAUAUAUAUAUAGACGAUGUUAUAGUUGAUAUAUUUUCCAUUGGGAAUCUUUUCAUUCGGGAUUCAAAUGUUCAUAUUAGAAGAAUAGUACUCAAAUUGUUGCUUGAAGUAAUUAAUUUAAUUAUAAGAAAAAAAAAAUUUUAUUCAUUAAAUAAUGAAAAUUAUAAUAAUAUAAUUAAUUAUGUUUCAAAUCAUUUGGAGUUAGAACACGAUUUUUCAGCAUUGUUGUCCAUAAAACAUAUUCUGCAUGCUCAUAAGGAAAUACAAAGAGAAAUUUUAUCGUGA